AUGUCCGACCUCGCCGCGCACGACUCGCAAGCCACCGCCGCCGCGCGCACGCCGCAGGACCUGACGCUGCCGCGCCGCCCGUGGCGCCGCAGCACGACGCCGUGGGCGCGCAUCGUCGAGGCGCACUACGACGGCGAGGGCACGCCCGAGAAGCCGUAUCUCAUCGGCUGGCUGCCGCACGAGCAGGAGAAUCCGAUGGACUUUGCGCCCGCGUACAAGUGGGCGCUCACCGUAUUUGUCAGCUUUGCAACACUUGCCGUGGCCCUCUCGUCGUCGGCCUACUCGGGCGCCACGCAGGAGAUGGGCCGCGAGCUCGGCGGCUCGUCCGAGGUCAUCACGCUCGGCAUCUCGCUCUUUGUGCUGGGCUUUGCGAUUGGCCCGCUCUUCUGGGCGCCGCUGUCUGAGCUCUUCGGCCGGCGCAACCUGCUCAUCGUGUCGUACGCCUUCAUGACGCUGUGGCAGGGCCUGUGCAUUGCCUCGCCCAACAUCGGCGCCAUGGUCGCGUUCCGCUUCCUCGUCGGUGCCUUUGGCUCGUCGCCGCUCACCAACGCCGGCGGCGUCAUUGCCGACACCUUCUCGGCCAACCAGCGCGGCCUGGCGAUGAGCGUCUUUGCCUCGGCGCCCUUCCUCGGCCCGGCGCUCGGGCCCAUCACCGGCGGCUUCCUCACCAUCGGCACGGGCCGCUGGCAGCCCGUGUUCAUCUUCCUCACCGUCUUCACGGGCCUCAUCCUGCUCCUCGGCGCCGCCUUCUGCCCCGAGACGUACGCGCCGGUGCUGCUGCGCCAGCGCGCGGCGCGCCUCAGCAAGGCGACGGGCAAGACGUACGUCUCGCGCCUCGACGCCGGCAAGAGCACGGCGUUUGCCGACCAGAUGCGCAUCGCCCUCGUGCGCCCGUGGCAGCUGCUCUUCCGCGAGCCCAUCGUGCUGCUCCUCUCGCUCUAUGUGGGCAUUAUCUACGCGCUGCUGUACAGCUUCUUCGGGGCGUUCCCGAUCGUGUUCCAGCAGGUGCGCGGCUGGAACGCCGGCGUGGGCGGCCUGGCGUUCCUCGGCGUGCUCGUCGGCAUGAUGGCCGGCGUCGUGCUCGUCGUCGUGUUCUACAACCCGGAGUACGUGCGCAUCGCCAGCCAGUCGCCCGGCGGCCUCGCGCCGCCUGAGGCGCGCCUGCGCCCGGCGUUCCUGGGCGCCGUCUCGCUCGUCGUCGGCCUGGCCAUCUUCACGGGCACCGACGGCCCCAACAUCCACUGGUUCGUGCCGAUUGCCCUCGGCGGCGCGCCGUUCGGGCUGGGCAUGGUGCUCCUCUUCCUCUCGAUCCAAAACUACCUCAUCGACGCGUACCUCAUCUACGCCGCCAGCGUGCUCGCCGCCAACAGCGUCAUCCGCUCGCUCCUCGGCGCCGCGUUUCCGAUGUUCACGCGCUUCAUGUACAGCCCCGUCGGCUGCCCGACGGCGACGUGCGGCAUCCACGUGGGCCCCGGCAUUGCCACGGGCCUGGCGCUGAUCUGCAUGCCCAUGCCGUUUGCCUUCUACAAGUACGGCGAAAGCAUCCGGCGGCGCUGCAAGUACGCGGCACAGGCGGCGCAGCAGCUCGAGCUCAUGCGCACCAAGUCGCGCAAGGCGCAGGGCGAGAUCCCGAGCGAGGGCAAGGACGCCGUGGCGGAGAAGAGCGAGACGGAGCCGCGCACCUACCACAACACCGACACGGGCCACCACAGCGACGAGUCGAGCCCGGCCACGCGCCCGCCGACGCGCUCGACGAGCGACAGCGAGCGCGACGUCGAGCGCCAAUGA